AUUCGCCCGACUAUUCUGACGCCCUCCAUCGGCUCUAUUUUCCCUAUAACCGUCCUCGUCCCUCUUCGUCCCCUGCUCUUCUCCCUGCCGAACCUUGCGCGCUCUGGUCAAUGCCCUCCAUUCUCAAUCUCAAGUUUAAAGGCAACAAGAGCUUUGUUCCGUUUAGUAAUCUUAGCGAUGCGGACUCGUUGACGAUGACCUGGAAGGUCUGCACCAAGGUCGCUAGCUUCCUGGAACAAGGCCAGCGCCUCGAGAACUUGAGUUGGAGACUGUGGCACCUCCAGAAUCUCAUGGUCGAUACCGACAAUGCAAAGUCCAAGCGCGACUUCAAGAAGCUGUCCAAGUGCAUGGGCGACAAGCUCGACAAGGAGAAGGGACGGAGUAUUGAGGAGCUCCAGGCGCCGGGCUUCAAGCGCAACCAUUCUACCGAGCUUAUCCAGCAACGCGCUGCCGAGAAGGAACGCGAACGCGAGGCGAAUCAGAACGGCAGGCCCGGGACCAUUCACCGUAUGCAGUUUACCUUUAGUGUCGACCAGCCCGCACCGCCUACCGCUGCCACUGUGUCGGUCAAGAAGCCGGACCUCAAGCCCUCUCCCGAGUUCAGGGACAAUGCCCUCAAGCGCGGCCGCCCAUCAACGCGCUCUACCGCUGCCAAAGUCGACGACACAAACGGCGACCAUAAUGACAAGGACCAGCCCCUCACCCAGCGCGGGCGCAGGCCGGCUGUGGCGACGAACAACUCUCGAGCGACGGCGACCUCUGACGACAUAUACCAAUCAGCUUCUCUUCGCUUCCCGUCUCUCUUCUCUAACGACUUCGGCCCGGCUGCCCUUCUGUAUCCCACUCCUACUGUCACGAAUACCAUGACCUACGGUGAGGGCGUCGUCUCCGGCUCCUCAACAAAUUCAGAUGGCUUCAGCAUUGUCCGCCCGACAAUUGAACUGCCACUGGACGAUCUCAUCAGUACAGAUGGUGCCCCUAGCUGGAUUUCUUCCUUUGGCAGCAUGAUUGACGUCCGCGUCGAGAACCAUGACGGCCAGGACGAUGUCGAGAUGGAGUCCGUCGAACGAGAAAUGUCCUAUCCCACCUCCACCAGCUCGGGCCGUACCCCGAGCAGCGACGACGACGAGGUCCUCACGUCCACCGCUGUGCUCCGGAAUGUUCCACCACUAUCCAUCCCGGCUGAGGACGUCGUUCCACGCACCAUCACCCCCACUCGGCUCGCCCCUCCGAACAGCAAUGGCACGCCGACCACCAACGGCAACGGCAAGCGGCCAUCGCUUAGCGUGCGCACGCAAUCCUCAUCUCGCAGUGCGGGCCCGAGCGCCACGCCUGUCAACGGGGGCGCCUCCGCUCAACAAAAUAACUCAGCACCGGGCGGUGUCAAGGCUGAAUGUUCGAACUGUGGCGCUACUCAUACCCCUCUUUGGCGUCGCGGUCUGAACGAUGAGCUCAACUGCAAUGCUUGUGGAUUGUACUGCAAAUUGCACAAACGCCCUCGCCCCAAGAGCAUGAGGAACAACCAUGGUGAGGGUCGUGCUCAGAAUGUUCCGCGCCAAGAUGCACAAGAAGUUGCUGCCCAAUGCUACAACUGUCACACCACCGCCACGCCGCUUUGGCGGAAGGACGACGAAGGCAAGACCGUGUGCAACGCCUGUGGCUUAUACUACAAGCUGCACGGUUCUGCACGGCCUAUCUCCAUGAAGUCCGAUGUGAUUCGCAAGCGCGCCCGCCAUGACGCUCGCAGGGUAGGCAGUGGGCCUUCGGAGACGCCUUCCGCAAGCCCAGGCGCCAGCCGUCGUGCUUCGCCAACUAUGGAAGCUACUCCCACCCUGGCACCUGACUCGACGACGCAGAUGUUCAACGGCCACGAGGAAGUCGAAUACCGCACUUCGAUGCAGUCCGAGCUUAUGGGUGCCCUUGGGAACACCACUAGCCAGAACAGUUCAUACAGCAGCACAUUCUUUGGAUCGUCGUAUUCCUUCCCUGGUCCUUACCAUCCGGAUUAUCUCGCGCAGACGUACAGUGUGCCUGCGGAUGCGCUCCCAUUCUCCGGGGAUUACUCGGACAUGGACAACACGGUCACUGAGACGAGGGUGUCGAAGCGGCGCCGCAUGAGCAGCGACUCGGCAUCGGAGCCCCCGUCCUCGGCAACGUCUUUCGGCUCGUAUGCGGACUCGUACACGUCGCCGACGUCAUCGAGCUCGCAGUCGCAGCGCUCGUCGCUCGACUUUGCAUACAACCCUUACAGCUCAUACAACAUGAUGCGUGGCAACAACAGCAGCUCGCUGUGGCACCCACCGAUGCUCCCUCCAGACAACAGCACCAACUCGCCAUGUUACGUUCACCCGCCGAUGCUGCCCUCGGACAACUCUCCGAACAUGUUCCUUCACGGCCAGAGCCUCCAGCAUGACGACGCAGACAACCUGUUCGCGGCCUACCUGCACCCGCCGAGGCUGCUGCCGGACUCGCCAUCGAUGAACGGCCUGCAGCUCCACCCGCCAAUGCUUCCAAACGAGUGGAAGAGCAGCGAGUGGAAGACCGACUAUUACGACGCGCCUAUGAUCACGUACGGAUGAAGUUACGCCGCUCUGGUCCCGCUCCUCUAUGCGCUCAUGGACGCUGUGCCUCAUCGUUGAACUAUCGUGUGUAGCUUAUUUCUCUCGCGGGAACGCGAGGCGGUGCGCAUAUAAUCGGUCGGUCCCUCGUCUCCGCGGUGGUCUCCAGCCUAUCGCGUUCUCCGACGUUUCCCCAUGUAGAUGAUUAGUCUGCCUGCUGCAUUGUCCGGUCCGAGCAUCAUCAGAGGUCCUGCAUCAUCGCAUCUGCUAUUCGCUGUUCGCCUUCCCUGUAUACGAGUGCCAUUAUCUUCUCUCUUCCGUCGAGUUCCAUUUCCUCUGCAACGCACUGCUAUAGCCAUACUCGUCUCCGUCUUUCCCUGUGGUAUUACUUCCCUCUCGGCUUCGUGCCAUGCCUUAGCUCCCUUUCCGUC